AUGACUCCCAUCGGAAAAAUGUAUGGCUAUGGCUCCCAACCUCAGACAAAAGCGAUCUUGAGCGUAGCAACAUCGUCCAACCUCGAAAUCGAACUAUUACCGUUUGAAUAUGGCGUUACCAACCAAUCCCCCGAGUUUACACUGAAGUUUCCACUGGCAAAGAUCCCUGCCUUCGAAAGCCUCAAUGGCUUCAAUUUGACAGAAGGCGCAGCUAUUGCACGCUACGGACUGCUGGGUCGCAAUGCAGAGGAAACCGCCCUCGUCGAUCAGUGGGUCCACUUUGCUGAAUUCAAGAUCUAUAUGGAUCGACACAAAUGGCACGAAGAGCGUAUCGUACGUUCCCUCAGGUUCCUCGAUAACUACCUGGAGAAACGUCCUUCUGGUUUGCUGGUCAACGACAACAUAACUCUUGCGGACAUCUUCUUGGCCGUUGCAACUGAACGGGCUGGCCAGACAACCUGCGGAAAUGCGGAGCGCAAACAAACUUACCCACACGUUUUCGCCCACCACGCAAAGGUGACGUCCGACGAGAGGAUUAAGGAUGUGCUCGGAGAGCCCGGAUUCAUCGAGGAACGUCUUGUGUAUAACUGA